GGUCAUUCUUGUGUAUUAAGUAGACACACCAUAAUUGAAUCUGGAAUUGUGGAGUUUAUUGCCAAAGGGGAGUUGUCAAAUAAUUUAUCUGUCGCACUAUGUAUAGCAAGCACUCAGUUUAAUUUGAAUGUGCCUUCAAAUCAUGUUUCACCUCACUUUGUUUUUCAGGGUGUGAAUGCAGAAUUGGACGUGAUCGAGGGCAGCAUGACAGUGACGACAACGCGCAAGAUGUGGGACCCAUACAUCAUUCUCAAGGCACGCGACAUGAUCAAGCUCCUGUCGCGCAGCGUGCCGUACGAGCAGGCCAUCCGGGUGCUGGAAGACGGUGUGGGCUGUGACAUAGUGAAGAUUGGCAGCCUGGUGCGCAACCGGGAGCGGUUCAUCAAGAGGCGCCAGAGGCUGCUGGGACCCAAUGGUACCACACUCAAGGCCAUCGAGCUGCUGACCAACUGCUAUGUCCUGGUGCAGGGCAACACAGUCGCCGCGCUUGGACCCUACAAGGGGCUGCAGCAUGUUCGCAAGAUAGUGGAAGACACAAUGAAGAACAUCCACCCCGUCUACAACAUCAAGGCCCUGAUGAUCAAGCGCGAGCUGGCCAAGGACCCCAAGCUGUGCAACGAGAACUGGGAACGCUUCCUGCCGCACUUCAAGGCCCAGACGCUGUCUAAGCGUAAGAAACCGAAGAAGCAGCGCAUCAAGGGCGAGUACACGCCCUUCCCACCACCACAGCCAGAGAGUAAGAUGGACAAGGAGCUUGCCUCGGGCGAGUACUUCCUCAAGGAGCGUGAGCGCAAGACCAAGAAAAAGCAGGAGAAGGAGCAGGCCAAGGCCGAGGCCGAGGCCCAGCGCCAGGAACGCCGCAGCAAGUCCUUCCAGCCGCCUCCGGAACCCAAAUAUGUGCCCAAGAAGCAACCAGCAGCCAAGGAAGCGACUCCUGUGGACAUUGAGGCUUUAAAGAAGAAAGUGAAGGCAUCAUCAAAGGUACCGCCGUCUCUGCGAUAAAUCGCGAUAUAUCACGAUAAAUUUU